UUCACAGAGGAAGUGGGGCUACUUGGAGUUGGCACAAAUUCUCUGCUCCUACCAGCUCCACCAUGUCAAAGCUUUCCUUUAAGAUCACUCUGACUUCCGACCUGCGGCUGCUGUACAAAGUACUCAGUGUUCCUGAAAGUACACCUUUCACAGCAGCAGAAUAAUUUAGUCCUGCUACAACAAGUGCAAUUACUGCCAGUGAUGGAAUAUACAUAAAUUCUGCACAGACUGCUGGUUCAGAACUACAAAGUAUGCCUAGAGAUUAUAUUGGAAGGUAAUAUCUGUUACUUGAAAGUACAAUUGCUUUUCAGAAUAAAUAUUGCUAAUUUUUUUUUAAAGUGUAGAAUUCAGUGGUUUUUAGUGUAUUCACAAAGGUGUGCAACCGUCAUCACUAUUUAAUUCCAGACCAUUUUAUAGCCCCAAAAGAAACCCUGUACACAUUAGCAAUCACUCUCAUGCCCCUCUCCCCACAACUUCUGGCAACCACUAAUCUACUUUCUGUCUCCAUGGAUUUGCCUAUUCUUGACACUUCAUAUAAAUGAAAUCACACAAAAUGUGACCUGUUGUGUCUGGCUUCUGUCACUUAGCAUAAUGUUUUCAAAAUAUCAUCCAUGCUGUAGCAUGUAUCAGAAUUUCAUUUUUUUCGGUCCAAAUGAUAUUCCACUUUAUGAAUGUAUCACAUUUUGUGUGUAUGUGUCACAUCCAUUCGUCUGUUUAUGGAUAUUGGAUAAUCUUCAUAUUUUAGCUAUUAUCAAUAAUGCUGCUGUAGGCCAGACACAGUGGCUUAUACCUGUAAUCUCAGCACUUUGAGAGGCCAAGGCAGGAGGAUCACUUGAGGCCAGGAGUUCAAGACCAGAUUGAACAACACAGCAAGACCCUCUUUCUAAAUAAAAUAAUAAUACCACUGCUGUAAACAUUUAUAUACAAGUUUGUGUGUAGACAUAUGUUUUCAAUUCUCCUGGGUAAAUACUUAGAGUGAAAUUAAUGGCCAUUUGGUAACUAUGUUUAACUUUUUGAGCAACUGCCAAACUGUUACACCAUUUUACAUUCCCAGCAGCAAGGUGUGAACAUUUCAGUUCCUCCAAAUCCUUGCCAACACUUGUUAUUUUCCGUUUUUUGAUUAUAGCUAUUGUAGUUGGUAUGAAGUGGUAUUUCAUUAUGGUUUUGAUUUGUAUUUCCCUAAUGGCUAAGGAUUUUGAGCAUCUUCUCAUGUGUUUAUUGGUUAUUUGUAUAUCUUCUUUGGAGAAAUAUCUGCUCAAAUCUGUGGGCAAUUUUUAAUGGGAUGAUCUUUUUGUUGUUGAGUUGUAACAAUUUUUUAAUAUACUCUGGUUACAAACCUCUUAUCAGAUAUGUAAUUUGCAAAUAUUUUCUCUUAUUUUGUGGGUUGUCUUUUUCUCGAUGGUGUUCUUUGAAGCACAAAAAGUUUUAAUUUUGGUAAAGUCUGAUUCAUUUUUUAAAUUUUGUUACUUAUUUUUUCAUGUCAUAUUUAAAAAACAACUGUCUAAUCUAAGUUCACAAAGACUUACUCCUAUGUGUUCUUCUAAGAGGAUUCAGUUAGCUCUUACAUUUACAUUAUUUUAAUCUAUAAUCUUGGAACGAAUGGAAUUUAAUGUUAACACUAUUUACUUUCUUACUCCCUCCUAUUACGCAGGAAACAAAUGGCAGUUUGAUUCUAAGUGUAUUCACUAAUACAAGGCUGGGGACUGCCCCAUGAGGGAUGAGCAUGAGGGCCAUAAGAGAUAUUGCUGGGAGCCCACUUUGAAACAGGAGUUGGUGACAGAAGCAAGCCCCAGCCACUGGCCUCACUUAGAGCUGGAGGAACAAGAUUUUAUCCAGUCCUAAGAGGAAGUAUGGGAGAAACACAAAGAUACUGCCAACACACCAGUACAGGCUCACUGAGAGGCGCUAUCUAUUCUAUAAUACUUAAGUAUAUUUCCCCAACCUUCAGGUGGAUAUGGUUUUCAUAUGCUCCUACAGUAAGUGACUGAACAUUGUAUGAUGCUAUGAAAUUAAUACAUUAUUUUAUAAAUGUUGACACUACUAGGUGACAGCAAAAUAGUGACUAUGUUAUUAGCUUGUAUGCAUUUCUGAGCAAUUGUUAACCUUUUCAGCCUUUGAACCUAUCAGAAUUUCGUCAGUGUGCUGUGAUAAAUAUUUGUUAUCAUUUUGAACUUAAUAGACUACAUACAAGUGUACAAAAGAAGGCUUUUGUACAUACAAGUGUACAAAAGAAGGCUUUUGAGUCAUCACAGAGUAAUAACUACACCACAGAGUAAUAACUACUAUAAUAAUAGCUACAUUACAAAAUAAUAACUGCUAUAUUUAGACACAAUGACCUGUGUGGCUAUUUCAUGACUUUGAUCACUGAACUCAGUAGGUGCUCUCUAUCAGCAAAAAAAAAAAAAAAAGAAAAAA